CAAGGGUUUCGCAGGCGUCGCCGACUUUUGCGCAGAAGAAGCCGCCGCAGCUCAUCCGUUCGACUCUGCAGCAGCUGAGGGCUCAGUUGGCAGUCGCGAGAUGGGUGCGGUUCGUCGCGGGUUCACGGCGUUUCUGAUACUGAUGCUGGUGGUGGUCACAGCGGCCUCGGGGAAGGACUACGCGUUCCACUGGGGCGUGGCGCUCAUAUCGCUGGUGAUGCUGUUCCUCGCCGACCUCAUGUUCUUCACCGAGGCCGACUUCCAAUUCGACCCCUUCUACCAAAACUGGGCCAAGAGAACGGACCCCAACUACUGACCAAGGAGGGAGCAGAGGGAGGAGAUGCUGAUAUGGUAGAGGACAGACAGACACGGGACCGCCGGAGUGGGGACAGAUGGCGCGCUUCGACGAUGGAGCUGGUGCUGAUCAUGCGUGCGAGAGAGGAGAGGAUGGAUGGAUGCUACUCGGCGUACUGCUGCUGCUGCUACUUGUUUCGAUGUGUACAGCUUACCUUCUUGCUUGGCUGCGUUUCUUUUGACUGCCUAUGUGUGAGUACGUGUGCGCCCAUGAGAGCGGAGCGGAGCGCGACGUCGAUGCGUUGGUGCUGUCUGUCUGUUGUGGUGUGGUGUGUGUGGACUGCCGUCACCUUGACGAGUGCGACAAAUCCUAUCGAGCGCCCCCGUUUCGAUGAGAUUCGUGAUGUUCGUUGAGCUGACGAUUGUCCCGUCCUCCACACAGCGUAUCGACGAACACCUCACUCAGUUGACGCGUUGGCGUGAGGCUGAAUGUCUGUGAUUUGGUGCUGUAGGGAACGGCUGGCUGCCUUGUUCUCUCUGCGGCUGUCAUGUCGGUGUGACUGCGGAUGGAUGUGGGUGUGUGACACGCGUGCUUUAUGAAGUUUUGUUUGAUGAGCUCAAUCAGCGAGCGAGUUGAGCAAACACGCAUGGCAUGCGAUAAGAGCAUUCAUCAGAUCACUGACUGGUUCGUCACGGUUCGACACGGUGGCGAUGGCUGCUGUGCUGAGCCCACUCACUCACUCCACCAUCAAUCAAUCAAUCAACCAAUCAAUCAACCACAGCACACAUCGAGACAGGCACCCCACCCCACCCUCAACACACACAUCCGAAAGCAAGACAGACAGACAGACAGACAGCUGUACACGAGUGACACGCCAGGUGGUCUGUCUCUAUGCGCUCACUCAAUCACUCAAUCACUCCUGCAGGCCUGCAUCCAGACAAUUAGUUGGCCUGUCAGUCAGGUCAGGGCCUAUCUAUCGUGUGUGAUUGAUUUCUAUCCACAACCCUCCCCUCCCCCUGCCCCCCCCCCGGCCCAUCAUGUGCUCCAAAAAGCCCUCUUUAAUUAAUUGACCGACGUUCAUCUCUUUACACACACACACACACACGCACCCACGGCCCCAUACUUGAAUCACAGCUGGGCAAUGCAUCCAUCUCUGAGGAAGAAUAUCAGCAGACAGAAACGGCCGAAAACCUUCAGCAGCUGCUGAAGAUUCAACUCUGUGGGUAGGCAAUGCCACGCCAAGCGGCCCCCGCCUCUCUCCUGUCCGCUGUCUGUCUGUCUGUCUCUCUGUCAGAAUGCGCUAUGUGAAGAAGUUGCCCCCGCCUCGCCAAGAAUGGCUUCCGCGAGGGCCACACAACACC